AUGUUGGAAUCCUUGGUGGCAUCGCUAUUGAAUAGAUUUCUUGGAUCAUAUGUCAAAAAUUUCGAUCCGAAACAAUUAAAUAUUGGAAUUUGGAGCGGCGAUGUAAAACUUAGAAAUCUCAGUCUUAAACGCGAGGCUCUUGAUCAACUAAAGCUCCCUAUUGAUGUCGUUGAAGGUCAUCUUGGUGAACUUGUCCUUCAAAUUCCAUGGUCUAAUCUCAAGAAUAAGCCAGUAAAGGUUCUUAUUAACAAUGUUUUCCUUGUUGCAGUUCCUAAGCUAGAUCAAGCUUAUGAUGCGGCCGAAGAAGAACGUAGAGAAUUAGCAUUAAAGCGAAACAAAUUGGAAGAUUUGGAGCUAGCAGAUAGAAUUCAUGAUACAGAGAAUCUCUCGCCUGAGGAAAUCCGCAAAAACCAAAGUUUCACUGACAGUUUAGUCACAAAAAUUAUUGACAAUUUACAGAUUACAAUUAACAAUAUUCACAUACGCUACGAAGACAAUAGCAGCGUUCCGGGCCACGAGUUUUCUAUCGGUAUAUCCCUUAAAGAGAUUUCUGCUGUUUCAACUAAUGAAAACUGGGAGCCAAGUUUUCUUACCGACACCAAAGUCAUUACUCAUAAAUUGGCAACGCUUGGGUCACUAUCUUUGUAUUGGAAUACUGAUAGCAAAUCUACCCGGGAUUUUUCUCACGAGGAACUUAUCGAAUACAUGAAAAAAGCAGCUGAGUCAGACCCUACCCUCACUAAUUCUUUUCAAUAUAUUCUCCGCCCUGUUUCUGGUGUUGGACAUAUUACUCUUAACAAAGAUGCCUCUGCAGGUCCAAAAACCAAGGCUCAACUUCUUUUCGACGAACUUGCAUUUGUUUUUGACAGCGAUCAGUACCGUGACAUGCUUUGGACAGCCGAGUUAUUUAAUGUAUAUCAACUUUCGCGUGAAUUUCAACGAUUUAGACCCAAGAUGGCUAUUAAAGAUGAUCCUAAAGCCUGGUUUAAAUAUGCAGCAAAUUGUGUGUUAAGCGAAAUCCAUCAGAAACGCAAGGAAUGGUCAUGGGAUUAUAUUCUUGAACACCGCAAAGAAAGAAUAAGAUAUGUUGAGCUAUUUAAAAAGCGUACUGUUGCAUCACCACCACUUACCUUAGAAGAGAUUGACGAGUUCAAUAACAUUGAAACCAAAACGUCAUUUGAAGAUUUGCGAUUUUACAGAACAAUUGCUAAAUCUCAACUUAGAAAAGAAAAGGCUCUUUUAAAACCACAGAAGCCAGCUUCUAAAGAAAACAAUACAUGGUCUGGUUGGUUUUGGAACAAGAAUACUAAUGCAGCUGCAAUCAGCACUGCAAACUCUGAUGGCUCCACCGAUAAUAACGAAGUUGUCAUGACAGAGGAACAGCGGAAAGAACUCUAUGAAGCCAUUGAGUGGGAUGAAAAGAAGGCAAUCAUUGAUGCUAUUGAUAUUCCUAAAGAUACUGUCACCAUGGAAAUAGAAGCAGCACUUAAGUCUGGAAGUUUCAGACUUCGCACAAAUCCACAUGGAGACGUUCGAGAUGUGGUUACAAUUCUUUUCAAUGGGUUCAAUUCUUCAUUUUAUAACAGACCUGAUUCAUAUACAGCAAAUCUCUCUCUUCAUGAGCUUCGUGUUGAUGAUGGUUCUGAAGACACACUCUAUAAGCAGAUUGUAACAGUCAAGUCUAUUGGAACACAUUUUAUACCAGAUUUUUCUGAAGACCACCCAGAUAAAUGCUCUACAGAUGUUGAAUCUUCUGUUGAUCAAGACGCAUUUUUUUGGCUCUCUUUUGAAAGCAAUCCGCUGGACGGUAGUGCUGAUUCAAAUCUUUUCAUAAAAAUGAAGAGUAUCACCAUAUUUUAUAACACAGGGUUUUUGGAGAACAUUGCGCGGUUUUUCCGUCCUCCAAAGAAUCACUUGGAAACAAUUGGUGCCAUUAUGAAUGCUGCUGGUGCAACUGUCGAAGAGAUCAGAGACCAAACAAGAAUUGGUCUUGAAUAUGCUUUACAGCAACAUAAGACUGUAAACCUUGUAAUUGAUAUGCAGGCACCCCUUAUCGUUAUGCCCCUCGACCCCACCAGUUGGGCCUCUCCUUGUGCCAUCAUAGAUGCUGGUCAUAUUUCUGCUAUCAGUCAUCUCGUUGGCAAAGAAGUGAUUGAAGAAGUUAAGAAAAAGAAGACUAUGGUUUAUACUGAUAAUGACUGGAAGCGCCUGGAGUCUCUUAUGUACGACAAAUUCAAUGUUCAACUUCACAAUACUCAGUUUUUAAUUGGGUCUAAUGUUCGUGACACAAUGCGCCAGCUUCAUAAUGGCGUGUCUGACGACCCUUCUUCAGUCUUGGAUAGAAUUAAUAUGGACUUUUUGGUAGAAGUUUCUAUUUUGCCAGAGGCACACAGUCUUACGAAGUUUAAAAUUUCUGGUAAUUUGCCUAAAUUUGUGGCCUCCAUGUCUGAUGCAAAGUACAAAAUUAUGAUGCAAAUUGUUGAUGUUUGCAUUCCCAACUUUAAUUUUGAUGCUGAAGACGAUGGAAACAAAAGUCCAAAGAAAAAUGACACAAAGGAUGGCUCUAACAAGGAAAGCGACUCAUACUCCCAUAAUCUUGGUCGCUCACGCGCAUUUUCCAUUGCACCAUCAUCAAUCCCUAUUCUUCCUGACAUUGACAGUGAUACCGAAGAAGAACCAGCACCUCCCGAACCAACUUUAAAGAAUUCUGAUCAAAAGAUAUUUGAGUUCAAUUUCCGGGUUGAUCGUGUUGAAAUGUUUUUGCAUCGCUGCACUGAUCCAGUUUCACUGAAACAAGAACCUCUAGUUGAUAUGAUUUUAGAAUCUUUUGACUUAUACUACUACUACAAGGAUGGCGAAAUGCUCGCCGAUGUGGUAUUAAAGAGCCUUUGUAUUGAAGACUAUGUGCAAAAUAAUGUUGAUUCUGAGCUUCGCAAAUUUGCAACUUCUUUGGAAAAUGCUGAUUCCGGAUUGAACGAGCUUUUUAAAGUCAAGUAUAAGCGUGUUAACACUGGCAAAGUGGAUACUCUGGGAAAUGACAUUAAUGAUCAGCUUAUUGAUGUUACUCUUUCUACUAUUAAGUUUGUCAUUAACCCAAAGAGCUUUCUAUCUAUUCUAGAUUUCAUUAUUACUACAUUCACUUCUCCAGCAGAAACUCCAGAUAAUUCCCAGUUGACGCUUCCAUCACCUACAAGUUCUUCAAAUUCUGAAGAAGAUCACGAUUCUGUGGCAAAGAUUGACAUCACUGUUGAUCUACAUGGUAUUAUAUUGUUACUUAAUGAUGAUGGUAUUAAAUUGGCAACAACCAAGUUGGAUAGUGCAUUUGUCAAGGUAUUUAUGGUUCCAGAGACUAUGAAAGUUGAAGCACGCAUAGGAAAAUUUACACUUCACGAUGAAGUUAAUAAUGGCAUUAAUCGUGAAUCUAUGCUUCGCAAACUUAUUAGCAUUGAAGGAAGUGACUUGGCCGACUUCAAUUAUCAAACCUUUGCGCCUGGUACGACAUCAAACAUUUACAAUAGUCUAAUCAAGUUUCACGCUGGCUCGAUUAAGUUUAAUGUUGUGGAAGAGCCGUUUGCUCGCAUCAUGAAUUUUGGGUCCAAGUUUGCUCAAAUGAAGGCACUAUUUGACUCUGCUCGACAAGUUGCCUAUAACCAGGCAAAUCAAAUUGAGGAUGCAAACAAGAUUCAUUUCGAUUUUCAUAUUAGUACUCCUAUUCUUGUUUUCCCUAAAAUUAAAUUCAGUCAUGGAGAAACUCUUUGUGACACUAUUGUUGCGCAUCUUGGUGAAAUGUAUGCCAACAAUGAGUACAUUCAUUUUCAAGAAGAUCCAGAUGGGCCUCUUGCCAACCACAUUCAAUUUGGUAUUCGCUCGACUCGUUUGUUUUCCAAGUUCCACUUCCCUAAUACUAUUCAAAAACUGGAAAUUAUUGAUAAUUUUGACAUGUCGUUUGAUGUUUCAUACGUUGAGCCAUAUGAUGGCAUCAGUCGUCCGAUCACAAUUGUUACAGGAAGCUUAUCCGAAACCACAGUUCGCAUAACAGAACUUCAAUACCGUUUUUUGAUGGAGAUGAGUACUAGUGUAGCUGGUAUCUUUGGCGGUGAUGGUGGAAUCCCAGACGAUGAAAUGAUUAAUUUGGAGGAAGAGCUUAAACAACAGAAGCAUAUCGGUAAUGUUGGCUUAUCACGUCCUAUAUCACCUAACACAUCUAAUUACACAGUCAGCAAAAUGGAUCUUUCGUUUGAAGUUCCCAAGCUUGCGUUAUCUCUUUACACAAAUACAGCAAAUGUUGCCUCGGAAGACUUGGAAUCCACUAGCCUUUCUAAAUUUACCGUGGAUGAUUUGGGUGCUAAGCUACGCAUGAAAGCUUCUGGUGAUUUAGAAUCAGAUGUUCACAUGAAAGCGUUCACUGUUCAUGAUACCCGAUCAGUAAAGGACAACAAGUUUUCUGAAAUUAUUCCAUCAGCUACACAUGGAGAGUAUCAGUUUAUGUGCAAUGUGACCAUGACAGGCCCUGUGGAAAACAGAAUUCUAAAAGCUGUUCUUACAGUCGACAGCCCAAGAAUGAUUUUAGCUAUGGACUACUUAUUUGCUGUUAAAGCGUUCCUUCUUUAUGGCUUUCCACCUGCUGUUGAGGAUCCUGUUACAGAAGACAUUACAGAGGAUAUGCUAAUAGAAGACGAGGGUGGAGAUACUACUUCACAGUCCACACAGCCUUCUUCGAUGAAGAUAUAUUAUCAUGUGAAUGUCGUUGAUGCCUCAGUUAUUCUUUUGGCAAAUCCUAAGCUUGUGGAUUCUGAAGCUAUUGUUCUCAAGGCUGAACACUUUGUGUUGUCUCAAGAAGAGACUAUGGUUAUGUCUGUAAGCAAAGUUGGGGUUUUCUUAUGCAAAAUGAAUGCAUUUGAUCGCAACAGACUUCGUAUUUUAGAUGACUUUUCUUUGGUUGUUGCCAUUGACAAUCGUGGUUCAUCACCAACCGCAGAGAUUUCCAAGAUUGAUAUCACAGUUGAACCCUUGGUUUUGCGUCUUGCUCUGCGCGACAUUAUCCUUGCUCUGGAUAUUAUCAAAAGAGUUAACAUUAUGUCUUCUGAAAUUGAUGCUAAACAGAAUGUUGAGCCUCUUAAAGAGGCACCUAGAUAUUCUCGCUUUUCUAAAAGAAGAAAAAUUCGACGGAGCUCUAUUUCUCGCAAAAGCGAUAUCAGCGUUCUAAAACAGCCUAUUGCGCCUGUUACUAGCUCUAGCACUCGAGUUGCUGACGAUAUUGACAUUGUAGUCCGAGGUCAGCGCCUCAGUGCUGAAUUUGAUGGUCUUCGUCUUGUUCUAAUUGGCACUUUUAAUGAGCUUCCCAUGCUUGAUAUGUGUGCCAAGGCUUUUACUGUCAAUGUCAGAGAUUGGUCUUCCAAUCUUACUGUUGAAACAUCCAUUGAGACUUUUGUGAAUAUAUACAAUUCGGAAAAGUCUGCAUGGGAGCCCCUUAUUGAACCGUGGGACUUAGGAUUUCAUGUUGCACGCUCCGUUGAAAACAAUAAUACUACAGUCAAUUUGUUUUCGCGAAAGCUUAUGGAGCUCACAAUUACUUCUCAAACUAUUAGCUCAAUUUCCCAUGCUGUCGAGUUUAUUUCCGACGAUAUUGAUGAUAAUUUUUUGCUACGUCCUCGCGACGAUGUUGCCCCCUAUCGCAUUUUGAACCAAACUGGAUACAGUGUCGAAGUUUGGAUUGAUGGUAAUAGCAAAAAUGAAGUCCAGACUUCUGCCACUAUUCCAGAUAAUGAAGAAAUCCCUUGGCGAUUUUACGACUGGAAUACGGUACGUGAGAACCUGAGCACUGAUGCCCAAAAAGUUAAUUUAGGCGUUCGUCUGUUGAACUCACCUUAUGAACCCAUCCGGAACAUUUCUGUUACCACUGUGGGAGAGCAUCUCUACACACUUAAUCCACGGAUUCGUCGCAUCAAUCACAGACUUUUAUGUGAAGUUUCAAUGGAUCAUUCAAUUAAACGUAUUGUGUUGAGAUCAGCUCUUACAUUCGUCAAUAAUACUCAAGCGCCAAUGGUAAUCUCAAUAGGCCGCUCAGGCAGCAUUGAUGCUCCAAAUGACACUGGUGCCAUUUCUGCUCAUCCAAGUAAAAAACUUACUACCCCUCUUACAUGGGAGCUUAAUCCUGGAGAUUCUCGUGCUAUUCCAAUUGAGUACAUGUAUGACAACCCCAUUGAUGUAAAGCCAUUUGAUCAUCUUCCCUUUAAUUGGUCUGAGCAACCCAUUUAUUGGAAAGAUUUGCUUGCGGGAUCUUGCUCUGUUGUUUGUCCUCCCAAGGACGAGUCUACGGGGACAUAUUUUUAUGUGCAAGCAGCGGCUGUCUAUGACAAGUCACUUCCUCUUCCCAAAGUUUACCCUCAUAUGAAAGUUGUUUUAGCAGCACCUUUAGAGAUAGUAAAUCUUUUGCCGUUUGACUUUGUUUAUCGUGUUUAUGAUAAAACUGUCAAGAAAGAGUGGACCAAUACUAUUAAGCAAGGCAAGACAGGCUCUAUGCAUGUUAUACAACUGUCUCAUUUUCUUAUGCUUAACGUCCAUCCUUUGGAGGGCGAUUAUGAGAACACUGAUUUUGCAGUCAUUAAUACCAAUAAGACUGGCGAUUUUAAGAGGGAAGAUACUUUGGUCACAAGAUCUAUUGAUGGUCAACGAUUGACACUUAAGCUUCACUUUAUUGAAGAAGAGGGAAGAGGUCUCAAGGUUAUGGUUUAUUCUCCAUAUAUAAUCUUAAACAAGACCGGUUUGGAUGUCAAGAUUUUGGAAAAGUUCAACACAGCUACUUCUCGAGUGUUUAAUGACACUGCAACACGCAAUGGACAAGAAGUGCUACAUAAAAAGGCUGUGCCAAAGAUGUGGUCUUUUGAUCGUGAUUCGAACAAGCGUGCUCUUAUCAAAGUUGGGGACUCUAAGUGGAGUGAAGAGAUUAGUUUUGAUACUAUUGGCAAGGAUUCUGAUGUUGUCAUCCAAUCCAAUACCCGUCAAUCAGAAAUUCACGUUGGUGUUCACAUUACUGAGGGACAAGGCAUUUAUAAGCUUACCAAGAUUGUUACUUUGACUCCCAGAUUUGUUGUGCACAACAAACUUAAAGAUGACAUUCAGAUCCGUGACACUGGGUCUUCAGAUAUUGUUGUUGUUAAGUCGAACAGUGUUCAACCUGUACACUUCUUGCGCAGAUCAAGCAACAUGCAGCUUAGCGCCUGCUUUUUUGGUGCUACAUCUCAGUGGACUGCACCAUUUGUCAUCUCUAACAUUGGUCGAAUUCACUUGCGUGUUUAUCAACAUGGCAAAGGCUAUGGUUUGCUCAAGAUUGACAUUUUGAUGGAGGAUGCCACCUUGUACAUCCAUAUUGAUGAAGCAGGAAACAAUUGGCCCUACUCUAUUCGCAAUUUCACAGACAGGCCAUUCAAGUUUUAUCAGGCAAAUCCAUAUGUCGAUGAAGCAGGUAUUGAGCUUCCUAAGCACCCUCAGUUUACGCCGAUUGUUUAUCUCAUUCCAGCAAAAAGUGUCAUGCCAUAUGCUUGGGAUUAUCCUGCCGAGUCAUUGAAAGAGCUUGUUAUUGAAGCCAAUGGUAGAGAACGCCGUGUUCAGCUUGCAGAAAUUGGAAACCUUCCUCCUAUGAAGGUUCCUGGUGACCGGAAUCAGUCUCCAUGCAUUGUUGAUCUAAACGUUGUUGCUGAUGGUCCUACGCAAACUCUUGUUCUUUCUGACUACGACCCUGAAGUGAGUUUGUACAAGCUGAAGAACAACCCUUCACAAGCCAGUAUUGCUUCUACAACAGCACCAACUGAAGCAUUCAGUGUCCAAGAUGAUGAAGGUGACAUUACUCUUAAUGUCAAUGUCAAAUUUGAGGGCAUUGGUGUGUCACUGAUCAACCGUCGAAUGCAGGAGCUCUGCUACAUGACUUGGCGUGGUAUUGAGUUUAACUUCAAGACAUCGGACUUGUAUGACACUUUCAAUAUUAAGAUCAAGUGGAUUCAGAUUGACAAUCAGCUUUUUGGUGGAGUUUAUCCCAUCAUUUUGUUCCCCAGUGUUGUUCCCCAGACCGGCAAGGAGAUGGAAGCGCAUCCCACAUUUUCCUCUUCUGUCACUAGAGUCCGAGACAACAAUCAUGGUGUGAUUUAUAUUAAGUUUUUUACCAUUUUGCUUCAGCAAAUCACUCUGGAGAUGGAUGAAGACUUUUUGUUUGCAGCCAUUGACUUUUACAACUCUUAUAUGGAGGGCCAGAAGAAGAAUAUUGAUGUUUUGUGCGAUAAUGACUUGCAUAUUCCUGAGCCGCUUAAUGACACUGAAGGUCUUGAUCUUUACUUUGAGAUUUUGAAUCUGCAACCAGCUCAGAUGGAUUUGUCAUUUGUAAGAACUGAGCAUGUCAAUGCGGAGGAGAAGACAGAUUCGCAAACAGCGCUUGGUUUCUUUUUGAAUGCACUUACAAUGGCUAUUGGCAACAUUAACGAUGCGCCUGUUCAGCUAAAUGCACUUGUCAUGGCUAAUGUUCGAACUCCAUUCCCACUUUUGCUGCAGUCAAUUUCUGCACACUAUCGUCAAGAAUUUAUGAACCAAAUUCAUAAAAUUUUGGGGUCUGCAGACUUUUUGGGUAAUCCCGUUGGAUUGUUCAACAAUUUGAGUUCUGGAUUUAUGGAUAUGUUUUAUGAGCCAUAUCAAGGGUAUAUUUUGAACGAUCGUCCACAAGAGCUUGGUAUUGGUAUUGCCAAGGGUGGUUUGAGUUUUAUGAAGAAGUCUGUCUUUGGAUUCAGUGAUAGUAUUUCCAAAAUGACAGGAAGUAUUUCUAAGGGGUUGACUGCUGCAACAAUGGAUCGGACUUUCCAAGAUCAGCGAAGAAACAAGAUGGGCCGCAAUCGUCCUAAACACGCACUGAAUGGAUUGACUUCUGCUGCCAAUUCUCUUGUAGAAGGUAUUACAAGCGGUGUUACUGGACUUGCUUUGGCGCCUGUGCGUGGAGCUACGGAGGAGGGAGCUGCUGGAUUCUUUAAAGGUCUAGGUAAGGGUUUGAUUGGAUUGCCUACUAAGACGGCGAUUGGCAUUUUUGAUUUUGCCAACAGUUUGAGUGAGGGCGUGAAAAACACGACGACGAUCUUCGAUGGAAAUGCGAUUGAGCGUAUUCGACCCCCACGAAGCAUUUCAUACGAUGGGAUUAUUCGUCCAUACAAUCAGCGGAAUGCUCAGGGUCAGGAAUGGUUGAAAAUGUGCAACAAUGGUGACUUUUUUAAUGACAAGUACCUGGCACAUUUGGCACUUGCUGAAAGUGAAAUGGUUGUAAUGGUGACGUUUUUGCGCAUCAUGUUGCUUAACACAAGCACUAUGACGACGGAGUGGGAAGUCAUGUUUAGAGAUUUGCAGACGAUUGCAAUGGAACGCACAGGGUUAGCCCUAAUUUUGCGGGGUAGUGUCCAGGGCCCGUUUAUUCCUGUUCCAGAUGCAUCAAGUCGCAAGUAUCUGUACAAAGAGAUUGGAAUUGCUGUGACAGAAUAUAACCGCAAGUAUCAAACGGUAGCUUAG